GUCGUGUCGCCAGCCUCACGCGCACAUAUACAUUCGCAACAAGAGUUUUUGUUUUAGUUGAGUGUUGUCCAUUGGUGCUCUCUGUAUAUUUUACAUAGUACAAAAUGAGAUGGAUUAUAGUGCUCGUUGUUCGCUUUGUGUUUAUAAAUGGGAUCAAAAGUAACAACUCCUAUACCUAUGAUAUGGCUUUGCAUUGUAAGGAGCAUAUUUGUCAACAUGGGUAUAACUAUGAGGUUUUCUACCGCAUUGGUGAUGAGGAACUAAAGAGGGUGAAGUCUGACAAGCAAGUAGGUUUGGAGAUGCACAUAGCUAUUCAAGCAGUAAGCAAUGGUCUGAUACUCUUGUCCGAAGCACCCAACCCUCGGCCUAAUGAAGAUGUAUACGAGAUUGUGGUCGGAGGUGGAGGGAACGAAUUCACGGAACUGAGGAGGAAUAUAGCCCGGAACGCGAAAGCUUCCAUGAGGACGCCGGGAAUUCUCUCCAGCAUUGAUAUCAGAGGUUUCUAUAUAAGAAUUGAUCCUGAUGGCUUGAUUGAAUUUGGGAAGGAAGGCGAGGUUUUGCCUUUAAUCAGCUACAUGGAUGUGAAUCCUCUCGCAAUAAAAUACUUCAGUUUCGCUGCUUGGAAUGGUGUUGAAGCGAAAUUCCUGUAUGACUGUCCAGCUCCCGGAAAAAAUACUACUGAGACGCCACCAAACUCGCAACCGGAGGAGCACAAGCUAUCCAACUCAGAUACUCUGAAGCGUAACUUGCUGAUGAGCAAACUGCCAUCAGUGCAGCCGAACCCCUCGGAGCCAGUGAACAUCGGUGUGAAGAUAACCAACGUUCAGUAUGACGCGUUCGAAUCUAAACUCACUACCAGAAUGGCUGUUGUCACGUUAUGGUAUGACCACAGUAUGGCGUGGAAUCCAAUUAAAUACAACGGCACAACAACAAUAAAAUUUAGACAAGGUCAAAUCUGGAGACCGACUUUUUAUGUUCUAAACUCUAACGACAUCGGUGUGUUUGACACAAGAAACCCAGACCUUAUAUCAAUGGCGCACAACGGUCAAGCGACAUUUCAUUUUCAAACUAAAGUAGAAACUUUAUGUACUGAAACACCUACUACAAUGAACAAAUGGCCUCACGACGAGUAUAUUUGUAGUAUUAUCAUUGAACCGUGGCAAAUCCACGAGAAGAUGAUAAUUGAUGUACUAAAGCCAGAAGAUCCAAGACUAAAAUUGUUUGCAGACAUAGACACGGUUAUCUACAACGAAUGGGACUUCAAAACCCAACAGAUGAUUAUCCCGCCAUCGCUUUGGAACCAGGAAUACAGAAACGAUGACAACAGAACCCAUCAGAGCGAUCGGCUUCUCAUCUCGUUGAACCUAAAACGGCGAGCCACAUCACACAAUAUUGUGUUUUAUACACCAUUAUUAGUGUUAACGAUGUUUGUCCUGAUGUCUUUCUGGGGCGAAUCUUUGACCCUAAGCCGUGUGUGGUUUUACGCCAGCUGCACGGUCUUCAUCUGCAUAGGGCUGUGCUACAUCGAUAACUUGGUGCCGACACACUCCGUCCCAUCGAUAUUGGUUCUAUACACAGCUGUGCUGGCAGGGGUGCUGCUGGCUCUGCUCACUCAAGUGGCAUUAAUGUCUUCCCUCACAGAGAAACUUUGCGAAACGUAUACAAUGAAGAGAAUACUCACUUCGAUGCCGCUACGAGCUGUGUUCUGCUUGCCGCCUUUGAAGAUAUCUUUAAGCGGUCAAUACAUUGAGCAAGAAAAUGAAGAAUCAGGUGUAUUUGUGACUCCGAGAGACAGCAACGUUCAAGAAAUGGAAACUGAAAAUAUAACAUACGGCGACAAGAAAGAACUUGCUGAAGUUAUAGACAAACUUAUGUUCUUUGUUUUUUCACUUGUUUUUUCUGGAAUGUUGGCAGCACAUUACUAAUAUCAAAUUUGAAAAAAGAACACUAACAGCCAAUUUCAAUCUGGAAUGUUACUAUCAAGGAAGCACAUUACUAUCAAGGAAGAAUCAAAUACUAACACGUGAUAGUACGAAUACUAACAUUGAGUGUUGAUAGAGAAAAUCAAACAGAAUGAAGUUGGUUUAUCAAACAAAUAACUUAUUUGAUUGCUUUAACCCUAAUACUGAUCCAAGUCAAAUAGUUUAUUGAAAUGUGUUAUUUAAAUGUGCUGAGGUAGACAACUGUAAAACUUAAUAUAACGAACAAAAUUUUAAAAACAGUCGCGCUCAAUUUUAUCUCAAUUCAUUGGAUAAUACAUAUCUAUUACUGAAAUAAAUAUAUUUUACAUUAGUUUA